UUCAGAUAUUAGUUAAGCAAUUAAAAUGAAAUUCCAAGUAUAUUUUAUGAUUUUUGAGCUUAAUAUUUGGAUUUUUGAAUACCAUUGCUUACUACAAGUAAGUAAGCAUUCAAAAGAGGGAGGAGACGGCGAACUUGUUUUCAUAUACCCUGAAGGUUCUCAAGAAAUAACUUGGUAUAAUCCCACUCAUACAAACAUUACUACUUGUUAUAUCAAGUCACUUCAUUGUAUAAUUCCGACAAACCCUAAUUAUAUAGUGACUGUAAAUAAUGAAUCUUCGAGACUAGUCAUAGAGGAAUCACGUUACAAAGAGCACGAUGGAUUUUGGAUGUGUUCCUACAGAACUCAACGUUUAAACGGAAACUACAGUAUAAAAUUCUUCGUAGCAUCUUUACCAAAAGCUUUUAUGUUUAAUGACCCACCAAAAUUGGGCUUCCAAUUAGACGGACAUGCAUUACAUCUAGUUGCCACUGCUAAUUGCAUUUACCCGCAGCCUGAUCUUCGGAACGUUGUAUUGCAUUAUCGUAUAGAGAAUGAAGACACCUUUCAACAGUUCACAAAAAGAAAACCUAACAUUUCUUCGUCACAUAAUCCCAAUUGUGACCAGCAUGAAUACGAUCUACAAGUCCAAAUAGAUAUACUUAUGACUGAUUUUAAUGAAACAAACGUGAUUUUUCAAUUCCUGUAUGUUUCUGUCUCCGGAGAUGUGACACGUACAAAAGAUAUUAUCUUCCUAAAAUUUGGAGGCACAAAAUGGUGGCUAGUACCUGUGAUUGGUGUUAUAGUAAUUGUGAUGAUAGGACUAGUGAUCAUUUCUGUUAAAUACUUUAGAUCGAAAAAGAAUAAAAAAGAGGAUAGGAUUAAUUUACCUCAAAACGAAGUUGGAAAUACACAGGUCUAG